AUGGCGCAUAAACGACAAUUUUCCCUAGAAGCAUCGAAAAUGCUGAAGCGCAAGAGCUCUGAGAUCUUCAGAAGCCUGCCCAAGGUGCCCACUACACAGUAUCUGGAACCGGCGGAGCUGACGCGAGACAUCCUUUACAGCGGGUACCGGCCAGUAAUCUACCCGGUCAAAGAAAACCCGCUAUUCAAAGAAGCGGGAUGGAAGACGCAGCGACUACGAGGCGAGCGCGGCGCAAGAAAGAGUAGCACGGUGCCGCAGAGCAGCGAGAUGAAUGCAAUGGCCGGUCCUCUGGGCACGGGAGGCAUUGGGUCAGGCGGCGUGAACGGCACAUGGCGCUACAACCCACGGAUUCCCUCGAAGCUGCUGCCCUACAACCUGUGGUCCUGCACAAGCAUGGCGAUGGAGUACCACCCAGAAUGGCUGGCCGUGCCCCGGACGGUAGUGAACAAACUGCGGCCCUUUGAGUCCCCACACAGGCCGGUGGCCGAGAGGAGCACAGACUGCAAGGCGGGCUCCUCGCCCACAGUGACGGCAGCAGCGGUGGCGCCGGCUACGGCGCUGCCAGCAACGGGAGCGCGGGCGAAGGCGCCCGCGCGCAAACGCAAGCCCGCGGAGCAUGGCGAGGACAACAAGCUCUCAAAGCAAGUUGGGGAGUUCAUUAAUUACCUGCGGGAAAAGGACCGGGGUUGA